AUGGGGUCUAAAUUGAUCUUUACCUCUGUUGUUUUGCUCAUGCUUUUGUUGUGCUUGCUUCUUAUGAGGGACUCUUCUGACUGCAGUGUAUCGUAUGAAUGCAUUGGUGCUAAUGCAGUUGAUCUUAAGAAGAUUCGAAAUAGGAAGAUGUUGUCUGCUUUGAAGGAUAAGAAAACUACUUUGAAUGUUAGUCUUCAAGGAUCAUCUAGCUUCAAGUAUGGUGGUGAAAAGUCACUGAGUUGGGAGUUGAGGAAGGUUCCUUCGGGUCCAGACCCGCUGCAUCAUAACGGUGGAAACCCCAAGAAGCCUCAAACCCCUUAA